AAUGGAAUUGUUAUUCAUUUCUGUUUUGCAUUUCAAAAUACAUUCUUCGAUAACCUACAUUAUCAGACAAAAAUGAUUGAUGGGGUAAGAAUCUUUACAUGCAUCAAGAUCAAGAUAAAUCCAAACGUUAUCAUCGACCUGUUUACCCGUUUCGUUUUCAUCAGUUUAAUUGUUCAACACAAUUAUUUUGCAUUGACAUCGGAAAGUAUAAUUAAAACUUCAAGUAUUUAAACAAAAAUUAAAAUGGCUGCUAGUUUAGCAGGCAUUAAACCUUUGCUUAAUUGGCUCGCUUAUUGUUGUAUCGCCUUGGGAUUAGUAACCUCCGUACAGGGUGCUCAAGAAUGGGACAACUUUCGACCCAAAUUGCAUUACAGUGUGCAGCUAAACUGGCUAAACGACCCGAAUGGCUUGGUAUUUGUGAAUGGAGAAUACCACAUGUACUACCAAUACCAUCCAGGUAGCUCGGUGCCAGGCCCGAAAUCCUGGGCGCAUACAAUUUCCAGAGACUUUGUCACAUGGUCAGAUCUUCCCACAGCGCUCGAACCUGAUGAGUUAGGAGAUAUUUGGAGUGGAAGCUCGAUCGUCGAUUUCACCAACUCCUCAGGUUUUCAAACAAACGUGGAUGUUUAUCCAAUUGUUGCCGUAUUUACCCAUGCUGGUCAGAGUCAACAGCAGAGUAUUGCUUAUAGUAAUGACUGGGGAAGAACGUUUACAAAAUUUGCACAAAACCCUGUUAUUCCAAACCCAGGAAAACAGGACUUUAGAGACCCUAAAGUUAUCUGGUAUAAUGAUGAGUCCUGGAUUCUAGUAUUAGCUGCAGGCGACCGAGUAGAGUUUUACAUUUCUCAAGAUUUGAAGAACUGGUCGUUAUCAAGCGACUUUGGAGCAGAUCCAGAUCAAGGACUAAAAGGAGUCUGGGAAUGUCCAGAUAUAUUUCCCCUCGAGUUCGAUGGGGAAACUGUAUGGGUACUUUUGGUCAGCAAUGGGGGUGGAGGUCCCAAUGGUGGCUCAAAUACGCAAUACUUUGUCGGCACUUUUGACGGCACUACAUUCUCCAGCCCUCAAAUUGAUCCUUUAUUUAUGGAUUCUGGAGUAGAUAACUAUGCUUCAAUUUCCUUUUUCAACGAACCGAGGGGCAGACGAGUAAUCAUUGGCUGGAUGACAAACCUGAUGUAUGCCAACGAUAUUCCGACGGGAGAUUGGAGAGGACAAAUGACAAUGGCCAGAGAAGUAAGACUAGCAAAGAAUUCCGGUAAUGCUCUUAGGUUGAGGUCCCUCGUCGUGGAUGAAAUUGUAGAAAAAUUGGUGGAUCCGAAUCAGGAAAUUUCAGUCGGCAUAACAGGAAUCGCCCCUGACACUACCAUGUAUCUCACAGAUUCAGUGCCCUGGAAUAACUCAUUAAUGCAUCUUAAUUUGUUUAUCGACGUUGGAGGACUAUGCCAAGGAUGCAGUUUAUCUAUUUGUUUUUUGAAUUCGAAAGAGCAGGAAAUUUGCUCAGGAUACGACCAUGGCCGAGAACGGCCCUUGUUUCUGGACCGGGAGAGAAGUGGUAGGACAGAUUUUAAUCCAUCCUUUUCCAGACGAUUAUCUGCAAUUCGAGAAAUUCCGUUGGAUGGUGCAAACAACAUCUUACAGUUCGAAGCUUUCCUUGAUCUUGUCGCAAUUGAAGUGUUUUUUGACGGAGGAAUGACACCAAUGACGUCACUUUUCUACCCAGAAGAGCCUUACACUUUUGUGGAGAUUCGGCAUCACGCUCUAGGAAAUAUAAAUAGUAGAUUGUCAAUUGCGUCGGGUUCUGUAUUUCAGGGGAUGAAGAGUAUGUACGAAGUAUAAUGAGAAUUUUGUUUGUAUUUAAAUAAGUCGAACAUUAGUAAUAAUUAGUGAUUAGUAAAAAUAUGUAUUACCAAUGUCUGAAUGAAAUAUAUAUUUUUUCCGGUUAUUAAUAUUUA